CAGAUCCCGCCUCCCGUCACCAGCACAGGGCCCAUAUUUUCACUACGGCUUACCAGUGACUUUGCAGUAAGCGCUCAUGGAUUUAAGAUGGUUUAUGAAGAGUUAAGGAGCAGCGCCUGUGGGAACCCUGGUGUUCCACCUAAAGGCAUCCUAAACGGAACACAGUUCACCAUGGGGAACACGAUCCGCUACAGGUGUGUGACGGGCUACGUGUUGGACGGUCGCUCACUGCUUACCUGUGUCCUCAACACAGGCAAUAUGGCCGUCUGGGAUUUCCCCGUCCCCAUCUGCAGAGCUGAGGACACGUGUGGCGGUACGUUGAGGGGGUCCAGUGGGAUCAUCUCUAGCCCUGAACUCCUCGGUGACCUCUCCAACGCUGGGGAAUGUAAGUGGACGGUGCUGGCUGACCCCGGAGACACCAUCUCUCUGGUAUUCACCGACUUCCAGAUGGAGGACAAACAUGACUAUCUGGAGAUAGAAGGAUCAGAGCCGCCCACUAUCUGGUUAUCUGGCGUGAAUAUACCGGCACCCAUCAUCAGCAACAAGAACUGGCUAAGACUCCAUUUUGUGACCGAUACAAAUCAUCGACAUAAAGGAUUCACACUUCAGUAUCAAGUGAAAAGCUCCGGAGAGCUGAAAUCCAGAGGGGUAAAGUUACUACCGGGAAAGGACAACAAUAACAAAUUGUCUUUGAUGAAUGAAGGAGGAAUUAAACAGGUGUCCAAUUAUUGCCCGGACCCGGGAGAACCUGAGAACGGCAAACGCAGAGGCUCUGACUUCAGCAUUGGAGCGACGGCUCAGUUUACCUGUGAUGAGGACCAUGUGCUGCAGGGCUCCAAAACCAUCACCUGUCAGAGGGUGGCUGAGGUGUUCGCUGCCUGGAGCGACCACAGACCUGUCUGUAAAGUGAAAACGUGCGGAUCGACGCUCCAGGGUCCGUCGGGGACUUUCACCUCUCCCAAUUUCCCCAUCCAGUACGAGAGUAAUUCCCACUGUGUGUGGAUUGUCACUGCUAGUAACCCCAAUAAGGUUAUCCAGAUCAACUUUGAGGAGUUUGACCUGGAGAUCGGCUAUGACUCGUUAACCAUCGGAGACGGAGGGCAGGUCGGAGACUCGAGAACAAUAAUACAAGUCCUGACAGGCAGCUUCGUGCCUGACCUUAUUGUCAGCAUGUCCCAUCAAAUGUGGCUCCACCUUCAGUCUGAUGAGAGCGUGGGAUCUAUCGGCUUCAAGAUCAACUAUAAAGAGAUUGAUAAGGAGAGUUGUGGGGACCCAGGUACACCUCUGUAUGGCUUCCAGGAGGGCAGUGGGUUUCUGAACGGGAACGUGCUGCGGUUCGAGUGCCAGUUUGGCUUCGAGCUGAUUGGAGAGAGGAUGAUCACCUGUCAGAACAACAACCAAUGGUCUGCUAACAUCCCCAUUUGCAUAUUCCCAUGUUUCUCCAACUUCACGGCGGCCGUGGGCACUGUGCUGUCCCCUGACUACCCAGAAGGCUAUGGGAACAACCUGAACUGUGUGUGGAUCAUCAUCUCUGAACCCGGCAGCCGGAUCCACCUGGCCUUCAACGACUUUGACCUGGAGCCUCCAUACGACUUCCUUACCGUGAAGGACGGAGACCAGACGGGCUCGUCCAUCCUGGGGAGAUACUCGGGAGCCGAGGUUCCCUCUCACUUCAGCUCCAACAGUAACAUACUACAGCUGGAGUUCCAGGCGGACCACUCCAUGUCCGGAAGAGGCUUCAACAUCACCUACAGCACAUUUGGCCACAACGAGUGUCCGGACCCAGGCGUCCCUCUGAACGCCAGACGUUUUGGGGACAGUUUCCAGCUGGGUAGCUCUGUCUCAGUGGUUUGUGAGGAGGGUUUCAUCAAGACCCAGGGCACUGACACUAUCACCUGCCAGCUGGAUGGGGGCAAGGUCAUGUGGAGCGGACCCAUCCCUAAAUGUGAAGCUCCAUGUGGAGGCCACUACUCUGCUCCAUCUGGAGUGAUCCUGUCCCCAGGGUGGCCUGGAUACUACAAGGACUCCCUCAGCUGUGAGUGGGUCAUCGAGGUGACGCCCGGACGCUCUGUCAAGAUCAGUUUUGACAGGUUCCAGACGGAGCUCAGCUAUGACUUCCUGGAGGUGCAUGAUGGUCCCAACCUGCUCUCGCCUCUGAUUGGCUCGUUCAACGGGUCCCAGGUCCCCCAGUUCCUGUUCAGCAGUAGUAACUUCAUCUACCUCCUCUUCACCACCGACAACAGUAGAUCCAACAGCGGCUUCAAGAUCUUCUACGAGAUUGUGACGUUGGACACAUCAUCAUGCAUGGACCCUGGGAUCCCGGUGAACGGCGUACGGUACGGCCAUGACCUGGCCAUCGGGUCCAAGGUGUUGUUCCAGUGUGACCAGGGAUACCGGCUCAGUCAUGAGGAACCGCUGGUCUGUGAGAAGACCCACUGGUGGAGUCAUCCUCUGCCCACAUGUGAUGCAUCGUGCGGUGGGGACGUGAGAGGACCUGGUGGUAUCAUUCUGUCUCCUGGAUAUCCAGAACUCUACCCUAACUCUCUAAACUGCACCUGGACGGUGGAGGUCGGACAUGGGAAAGGGGUCCAGUUCAUGUUCCAUUCCUUCCACCUGGAAGAUCACCAUGACUACCUCCUGAUCACUGAGAACGGCAGCUUCGCCCUGCCUUUAGCUCGCCUCACUGGCUCCGAGCGCCCGGCGCCCAUCAACGCAGGUCUCUACGGGAACUACAAGGCUCAGCUUCGCUUCAUCUCAGACUUCUCUAUUUCCUUUCAAGGAUUUAACAUCUCUUUCUCAGAGUACAAUCUGGAGCCGUGUGAGAACCCCGGGACCCCCAGGUUCGGCCGGCACACAGGCGUCAGCUUUGACAUCGGAGACUCGCUGGUUUUCUCCUGCAAUACGGGCUAUCGCCUGAAGGGGGCGAUGGAGAUCCGGUGCCUGGGAGGCGGCCGCCGCAUGUGGAGUGCCCCUCUGCCAAGGUGUGUGGCGGAGUGUGGCUCGACCGUUUCCAACAGCGAAGGAGUUCUGUUGUCGCCCAACUACCCGCUGAACUACGACGACAGCCACGAGUGUGUCUACAGCGUGCAGGUGGAGACGGGAAAGGGCAUCAACGUCUCGGCGAACGCUUUCCACCUGGCACAAGGAGACAUUCUCAAGGUCUAUGAUGGAGGGGACAGUUCUGCUGCUGUUCUGGGGACCUACACCGGCUCCACCAUGUUAGGCCUGGUCCUCACCUCCACCUCCAAUCAUCUGUGGCUGGAGUUCUACUCAGACCAGGAGCACACAGCAGGAGGCUUCAGACUCAGCUACUCCAGUUUUGAUCUGUCUCACUGCGAGGAACCCGGGGUGCCUCAGUUUGGGUUCAAGGUCAGCGACCAGGGGCACUUCGCUGGCAGUGCCGUCACGUAUGGCUGUGACCAAGGUUAUUCCCUGCACGGAAGUGGCAUACUCAAGUGCAUGACCCGAGAGAGACGAGCGUGGGACAACCACCUCCCCUCGUGCAUAGCGGAGUGUGGCGGGAGGUUCAAAGGUGAGUCUACAGGGCGCAUCCUGUCUCCUGGGUAUCCCUUUCCUUACGACAACAACCUGCGCUGUACCUGGACCAUCACUGUCAACUCUGGCAACAUCGUCAGCCUCCAGUUCCUGGCGUUCGACACAGAGGCAUCUCACGACAUCCUGGAGGUUUGGGACGGACCAGCAGAAAAUGAGAUGUCUCUGAGGGAGGUGUCUGGCUCCCUGCUCCCCGAGGGGAUACACAGCACCCUCAACGUAGUCACCGUUCAGUUCCAGACCGACUUCUACAUCACCAAGUCUGGCUUCGCCAUCGACUUCUCAAGUUCGGUGGCGACAGCCUGCAGAGAUCCAGGCAUGCCUAUGAACGGCAGUCGUAACGGAGAGGGGAGAGAACCAGAUGAUACUGUGACCUUUUCCUGUGAUCCAGGAUAUGAGCUGCAGGGAGAGAGCAAGAUCACCUGCAUCCAGGUGGACAACAGAUACUACUGGCAGCCCAGCCCUCCCAGCUGCAUUGCUCCCUGUGGGGGAAAUGUAACAGGAUCCUCAGGAUUCAUCCUCUCCCCCAACUUCCCCCUCCCCUACCCGCACAGCAAAGACUGUGAUUGGCUGAUAGCUGUCCACUCAGACUACGUCAUAUCGCUGGCUUUUAUCAGUUUCAGUAUCGAGCCCAACUACGACUUCCUGUAUAUCUACGACGGACCAGACAGCAACAGUCACCUGAUUGGUAGUUUCCAGGAUAGCAAGCUCCCAGAGAAGAUCGAGAGCGUCUCUAACUUUAUGCACCUAGCCUUCCGUAGCGACGGCUCAGUGAGCUACCAAGGCUUCCAUCUGGAGUUCAAAGCUAAACUGCGGGAGGCUUGCUUUGAUCCGGGGAACGUGAUGAACGGAACGCGCCUCGGGAAUGACUACAAGCUGGGCUCCACGGUGACGUUCGGCUGUGAGGCGGGAUAUCUGUUACGAGGACACUCCACACUGACCUGUAUGAUGGGAAACAGCAAGAGGCCCGAGUGGGACCGAGCCAGGCCCAGCUGUCAAGCUGAGGACACGUGUGGCGGUACGUUGAGGGGGUCCAGUGGGAUCAUCUCUAGCCCUGAACUCCUCGGUGACCUCUCCAACGCUGGGGAAUGUAAGUGGACGGUGCUGGCUGACCCCGGAGACACCAUCUCUCUGGUAUUCACCGACUUCCAGAUGGAGGACAAACAUGACUAUCUGGAGAUAGAAGGAUCAGAGCCGCCCACUAUCUGGUUAUCUGGCGUGAAUAUACCAGCACCCAUCAUCAGCAACAAGAACUGGCUAAGACUCCAUUUUGUGACCGAUACGAAUCAUCGACAUAAAGGAUUCACACUUCAGUAUCAAGUGAAAAGCUCCGGAGAGCUGAAAUCCAGAGGGGUAAAGUUACUACCGGGAAAGGACAACAAUAACAAAUUGUCUUUGAUGAAUGAAGGAGGAAUUAAACAGGUGUCCAAUUAUUGCCCGGACCCGGGAGAACCUGAGAACGGCAAACGCAGAGGCUCUGACUUCAGCAUUGGAGCGACGGCUCAGUUUACCUGUGAUGAGGACCAUGUGCUGCAGGGCUCCAAAACCAUCACCUGUCAGAGGGUGGCUGAGGUGUUCGCUGCCUGGAGCGACCACAGACCUGUCUGUAAAGUGAAAACGUGCGGAUCGACGCUCCAGGGUCCGUCGGGGACUUUCACCUCUCCCAAUUUCCCCAUCCAGUACGAGAGUAAUUCCCACUGUGUGUGGAUUAUCACUGCUAGUAACCCCAAUAAGGUUAUCCAGAUCAACUUUGAGGAGUUUGACCUGGAGAUCGGCUAUGACUCGUUAACCAUCGGAGACGGAGGGCAGGUCGGAGACUCCAGAACGAUAAUACAAGUCCUGACAGGCAGCUUCGUGCCUGACCUUAUUGUCAGUAUGUCCCAUCAAAUGUGGCUCCACCUUCAGUCUGAUGAGAGUGUGGGUUCUAUCGGCUUCAAGAUCAACUAUAAAGAGAUUGAUAAGGAGAGUUGUGGGGACCCAGGCACACCUCUGUAUGGCUUCCAGGAGGGCAGUGGGUUUCUGAACGGGAACGUGCUGCGGUUCGAGUGCCAGUUUGGCUUCGAGCUGAUUGGAGAGAGGAUGAUCACCUGUCAGAACAACAACCAAUGGUCUGCUAACAUCCCCAUUUGCAUAUUCCCAUGUUUCUCCAACUUCACGGCGGCCGUGGGCACUGUGCUGUCCCCUGACUACCCAGAAGGCUAUGGGAACAACCUGAACUGUGUGUGGAUCAUCAUCUCUGAACCCGGCAGCCGGAUCCACCUGGCCUUCAACGACUUUGACCUGGAGCCUCCAUACGACUUCCUUACCGUGAAGGACGGAGACCAGACGGGCUCGUCCAUCCUGGGGAGAUACUCGGGAGCCGAGGUUCCCUCUCACUUCAGCUCCAACAGUAACAUACUACAGCUGGAGUUCCAGGCGGACCACUCCAUGUCCGGAAGAGGCUUCAACAUCACCUACAGCACAUUUGGCCACAACGAGUGUCCGGACCCAGGCGUCCCUCUGAACGCCAGACGUUUCGGGGACAGUUUCCAGCUGGGUAGCUCUGUCUCUGUGGUUUGUGAGGAGGGUUUCAUCAAGACCCAGGGCACUGACACUAUCACCUGCCAGCUGGAUGGGGGCAAGGUCAUGUGGAGCGGACCCAUCCCUAAAUGUGAAGCUCCAUGUGGAGGCCACUACUCUGCUCCAUCUGGAGUGAUCCUGUCCCCAGGGUGGCCUGGAUACUACAAGGACUCCCUCAGCUGUGAAUGGGUCAUUGAGGCGACGCCCGGACGCUCUGUCAAGAUCAGUUUUGACAGGUUCCAGACGGAGCUCAGCUAUGACUUCCUGGAGGUGCAUGAUGGUCCCAACCUGCUCUCGCCUCUGAUUGGCUCGUUCAACGGGUCCCAGGUCCCCCAGUUCCUGUUCAGCAGUAGUAACUUCAUCUACCUCCUCUUCACCACCGACAACAGUAGAUCCAACAGCGGCUUCAAGAUCUUCUACGAGAUUGUGACGUUGGACACAUCAUCAUGCAUGGACCCUGGGAUCCCGGUGAACGGCGUACGGUACGGCCAUGACCUGGCCAUCGGGUCCAAGGUGUUGUUCCAGUGUGACCAGGGAUACCGGCUCAGUCAUGAGGAACCGCUGGUCUGUGAGAAGACCCACUGGUGGAGUCAUUCUCUGCCCACAUGUGAUGCAUCGUGCGGUGGGGACGUGAGAGGACCUGGUGGUAUCAUUCUGUCUCCUGGAUAUCCAGAACUCUACCCUAACUCUCUAAACUGCACCUGGACGGUGGAGGUCGGACAUGGGAAAGGGGUCCAGUUCAUGUUCCAUUCCUUCCACCUGGAAGAUCACCAUGACUACCUCCUGAUCACUGAGAACGGCAGCUUCGCCCUGCCUUUAGCUCGCCUCACUGGCUCCGAGCGCCCGGCGCCCAUCAACGCAGGUCUCUACGGGAACUACAAGGCUCAGCUUCGCUUCAUCUCAGACUUCUCUAUUUCCUUUCAAGGAUUUAACAUCUCUUUCUCAGAGUACAAUCUGGAGCCGUGUGAGAACCCUGGGACCCCCAGGUUCGGGUGGCACACAGGCGUCAGCUUUGGCAUCGGAGACUCGCUGGUUUUCUCCUGCAAUACGGGCUAUCGCCUGAAGGGGGCGAUGGAGAUCCGGUGCCUGGGAGGCGGCCGCCGCAUGUGGAGUGCCCCUCUGCCAAGGUGUGUGGCGGAGUGUGGCUCGACCGUUUCCAACAGCGAAGGAGUUCUGUUGUCGCCCAACUACCCGCUGAACUACGACGACAGCCACGAGUGUGUCUACAGCGUGCAGGUGGAGACGGGAAAGGGCAUCAACGUCUCGGCGAACGCUUUCCACCUGGCACAAGGAGACAUUCUCAAGGUCUAUGAUGGAGGGGACAGUUCUGCUGCUGUUCUGGGGACCUACACCGGCUCCACCAUGUUAGGCCUGGUCCUCACCUCCACCUCCAAUCAUCUGUGGCUGGAGUUCUACUCAGACCAGGAGCACACAGCAGGAGGCUUCAGACUCAGCUACUCCAGUUUUGAUCUGUCUCACUGCGAGGAACCCGGCGUGCCUCAGUUUGGGUUCAAGGUCAGCGACCAGGGGCACUUCGCAGGCAGUGCCGUCACGUACGGCUGUGACCAAGGUUAUUCCCUGCACGGAAGUGGCAUACUCAAGUGCAUGACCCGAGAGAGACGAGCGUGGGACAACCACCUCCCCUCGUGCAUAGCGGAGUGUGGCGGGAGGUUCAAAGGUGAGUCUACAGGGCGCAUCCUGUCUCCUGGGUAUCCCUUUCCUUACGACAACAACCUGCGCUGUACCUGGACCAUCACUGUCAACUCUGGUAACAUCGUCAGCCUCCAGUUCCUGGCGUUCGACACAGAGGCAUCUCACGACAUCCUGGAGGUUUGGGACGGACCAGCAGAAAAUGAGAUGUCUCUGAGGGAGGUGUCUGGCUCCCUGCUCCCCGAGGGGAUACACAGCACCCUCAACGUAGUCACCGUUCAGUUCCAGACCGACUUCUACAUCACCAAGUCUGGCUUCGCCAUCGACUUCUCAAGUUCGGUGGCGACAGCCUGCAGAGAUCCAGGCAUGCCUAUGAACGGCAGUCGUAACGGAGAGGGGAGAGAACCAGAUGAUACUGUGACCUUUUCCUGUGAUCCAGGAUAUGAGCUGCAGGGAGAGAACAAGAUCACCUGCAUCCAGGUGGACAACAGAUACUACUGGCAGCCCAGCCCUCCCAGCUGCAUUGCUCCCUGUGGGGGAAAUGUAACAGGAUCCUCAGGAUUCAUCCUCUCCCCCAACUUCCCCCUCCCCUACCCGCACAGCAAAGACUGUGAUUGGCUGAUAGCUGUCCACUCAGACUACGUCAUAUCGCUGGCUUUUAUCAGUUUCAGUAUCGAGCCCAACUACGACUUCCUGUAUAUCUACGACGGACCAGACAGCAACAGUCACCUGAUUGGUAGUUUCCAGGAUAGCAAGCUCCCAGAGAAGAUCGAGAGCGUCUCUAACUUUAUGCACCUAGCCUUCCGUAGCGACGGCUCAGUGAGCUACCAAGGCUUCCAUCUGGAGUUCAAAGCUAAACUGCGGGAGGCUUGCUUUGAUCCGGGGAACGUGAUGAACGGAACGCGCCUCGGGAAUGACUACAAGCUGGGCUCCACGGUGACGUUCGGCUGUGAGGCGGGAUAUCUGUUACGAGGACACUCCACACUGACCUGUAUGAUGGGAAACAGCAAGAGGCCCGAGUGGGACCGAGCCAGGCCCAGCUGUCAAGCACCGUGCGGAGGCCGCUCGACAGGGUCAGAGGGGACCGUCCUGUCCCCAAAUUACCCCCGUAAUUAUACCCAGAGUCUGACCUGCGUCUACCACAUCUUUGUCCCCGGGGACUUUGUGCUGUUUGGCCAGUUUGUGGUGUUUCAGACGUUGGUGAGUGAUGUUGUGGAAAUCUACGACGGAUCAACGCCAGACUCUCCCGUCCUGUCGUCCAUCUCCGGCUCUCACUCAGGAGAGACCCUACCUUUAAGUUCUGGGAACAAAAUCACCGUGAAGUUCACCACCGCGGCUCCAGAGACAGCCAAGGGAUUCCACUUUGUUUAUCAAGCUGUCCCCAGGACCAGUGCAUCCCAGUGCAGCUCUGUGCCGGAGCCCAGGUUUGGGAAGCGGAUAGGGAACGACUUUGGCAUUGGCACGGUGGUGCUGUUUGAAUGCAAUCCAGGCUACGCUCUGCACGGCACCACUGCCAUCAGGUGUGAGGCCAUCCCUAACACUGUGGCUCAGUGGAACGGCACUGUGCCCACCUGCGUAGUUCCCUGUGGAGGGCUGCUGACAUCUCGUAAGGGGACCAUCCUUUCUCCUGGUUACCCAGAGCCCUACGCCAACUAUCUAAACUGUAUCUGGAAGGUCUCUGUGCCAGAGGGAGCAGGCAUCCAAAUCCAGGUCAUAACUUUUGCCACGGAACACAACUGGGACUCCUUGGACUUUUUCGACGGCGUCGAUGGCAACGCUCCAAGGCUUGGCAGCUAUUCAGGUACGACCAUCCCCCAGCUCCUGAACAGCACCUCCAACAACAUCUACCUGACCUUCCAGUCCGACAUCAGUGUGUCUGCAGCAGGCUUCCACCUGGAGUAUACAGCAAUAGGUUUGGAUUCAUGUCCAGAACCUCAGCCCCCCCUGAACGGUGUCAAUGUGGGCCAGCGCUUCACUGUGGGGGACAUGGUUUCCUUUCAGUGUGACCAAGGCUACUCUCUGAAGGGUAAUGAAUACAUAACAUGUAUGCCAGGGCCCGUCAGACGAUGGAAUUACCCCGUACCUCUGUGCUUAGCUCAGUGUGGAGGCUCUAUGACAGACUUCAGUGGAGUGAUCCUGAGUCCAGGCUUCCCAGGGAAUUACCUCAGCAGUCUGGACUGUAGCUGGAGCGUACAGCUCCCCGUAGGCUUCGGCAUUCACCUGCAGUUUCUUAACUUCUCUACUGAAGCGGUGCAUGACUAUCUGGAGGUGCACAGCGGCAGUUUGGAGACGGGUUCUGUGAUCGACAGGUUCAGUGGGUCCGUUGUGCCCGGCUCUCUGUUCAGCACCACACAUGAGACCAGCUUCUUGUUCCACAGUGACUACUCGCAGAACAAACCUGGCUUCCACAUCAUCUACGAGGCCUAUGAGCUCCAGCGCUGCCCUGACCCGAGGCCGUUCCGUAACGGCGUGGUGAUAGGCCGAGACUUCGGUGUGGGCCUGACCAUCUCGUUUGAAUGCCUGCCAGGUUACACCCUGAUGGGAGAGGUCUCACUCACCUGCCUGCAUGGGGUCAGCAGAAACUGGAACUACCCUGUACCAUGUUGUGAAGCCCAGUGUGGAGGUAAUAUAACGUCUCUGAAUGGGACCAUCUAUUCUCCCGACCACCCAGCGGAGUACCCUAACUUCCAGGACUGUCUGUGGAGUGUACGGGUUCCCCCGGGGAAUGGUAUCUACAUCAACUUCACCGUUCUCAACACUGAACCCAUCUACGACUACAUCACCGUCUGGGACGGUCCUGACCAAGGCUCUCCUCAGAUUGGUCAGUUCAGUGGGAACACGCCCCAGAAAGCGGUCUAUACCACAGCCAAUCAUGUCCUCAUCAAGUUCCACAGUGAUUUCAGCACUAGCGGGUUCUUUGUGCUUAGUUACCAUGCAUACCAACUGAGAGUGUGUCAACCUCCUCCGGCUGUUGCCAACGCAGAUAUCCUCACAGAACAUGACGAGUUUGAAAUAGGCGACAUCAUUCGGUACCAGUGCCUGCCAGGGUUCACCCUGCUGGGCUCGGAGAUCCUGACGUGCAGGCUGGGGGAGAGGCUCCAGAUGGACGGCCCUCCACCUCUUUGCCAAGUCCAAUGUCCUGCUAACGAGGUCCUCUUCGACUCCACGGGGGUGAUCCUGAGUCCUGGCUACCCAGACAGUUACCACAACCUCCAGACGUGUUCCUGGCUCAUCAACGUAGAGAAGGGCUACAACGUCACCCUCCACUUCCAGCUCUUCCAGACAGAGAAGGAGUUUGACAUCCUGGAGAUAUUUGACGGUCCUAACAUCUACAGCCAGAGCCUGGCGUCCCUCAGCGGUGACAUCACCACGCCCUUUAACCUCACGACCUCUGGUCAUCAGUUGCUUCUGCGCUGGUCGUCCGACCACGGCACCAACAGGAAGGGCUUCCACGUCAGAUAUGUGGCGAUGUACUGCAGUACUCCAGACUCCCCCCAGCAGGGUUUUGUAGUGAGCCAGACAGGGGGACAUCUCAACAGUGUGGUGCGUUGGGGCUGUGACCGGGGCUACCGGCUCAUUGGAAAGGCCACGGCUGUCUGUAAGAAGACGGCGUACGGGUAUUAUACCUGGGACUCAACGGUACCUGCAUGCCAAGCCGUGUCGUGUGGUGUGCCCACCGCGCCGCUGAAUGGAGGUGUGCAGGCUGUUGAUUACUCCGUUGGCACAAGUUUAACCUACUUCUGCAACAAUGGCUUCAGGCUCUCCUCCAAGGACCUCACCACCACCGUCUGCCAGCCUGAUGGCACAUGGAGCAACCACAACAAAAUACCCCGCUGCCCAGUGGUGGUGUGCCCCAGUCUGGGCUCCUUCUCUCUGGACCACGGGAAGUGGACGAUCGUCAACGGGUCCAGCUAUGAGUUCAGAACCAAAGUGGUCUUCGGCUGUAACCCGGGAUACUACCGGCUCGGUCCCGCUCACAUCCAGUGCUUGGCCAACGGGGCGUGGAGCUGGCGGAACGAACGACCUCGAUGCAGAAUAAUUUCCUGUGGAGAGCUGCCAACUCCUCCUGAUGGGAGAAAGAUUGGAACUCAGACUACCUUUGGAGGCUCGGCCAUCUUCAGCUGCAACUCUGGAUACAUCCUGGUGGGAUCCACCGUGAGGGAGUGCAUGCUGUCAGGACUGUGGAGCGGCAUAGAGACUCAAUGCCUGGCUGGUCACUGCGGUAUCCCGGAGCAGAUUGUGAACGGCCAGGCGAUAGGGGAGAACUUUGGCUACAGAGACACCGUGGUCUACCAGUGUAACCCUGGCUUCAGACUCAUUGGAUCCUCGGUACGCAUCUGCCAGCAAGACCACCUCUGGUCCGGACAGCUGCCGCUUUGUGUCUCAAUCACAUGUGGCCAUCCAGGAAGUCCCAUCUAUGGGAGAACUACAGGGGAUGGAUUCAACUACAACGACGUGGUCAGCUUCUUCUGUAACCAAGGCUACGUACUGGAGGGAGUGGCCAGAGCCCAGUGCCAAGCGAGCCGCCAGUGGAGUCAACAGCCUCCUACAUGUAGAGUGGUGAACUGCACAGACCCAGGCAUCCCGGCUAACUCUAUCAGGGAGAGUAAGAUAGAGCACGGUAACUUCACACUGGGCAGUGUGGUGUUCUACACCUGUAACCCUGGAUACUACCUGUUCGGUUCCUCUGCACUGACCUGUCAACCUAAUGGCCACUGGGACAAACCUCUACCUGAAUGUCUUGAGGAGGACUGUGGGAACCCUGGCUCUCCUCCCUACGGUACCAUGGUUGGGGACAAGUUCUCGUUUGGCUCCACGGUGCAGUACUCCUGUUCAGGGGACAGAGAGCUGAUUGGAGAGUCAUCACUCACCUGUCAAAUCAAUGGACACUGGAGCGGCCCCAUACCUCACUGUUCAGGAGACUCUGUAGGCAGCUGUGGGGACCCCGGUACACCCGUCCACGCCAGCAGAGAGGCCAGUAACUUCCACCUGCGUAGUAAAGUCCGCUUCACCUGCGCUGUGGGCCACACGCUGUACGGCUCAGCUGAGAGGAUCUGCUUCCCCAACGGAACCUGGUCUGGGAGACAGCCCUUCUGCAAACCGGUGCACUGUGGUAACCCGGGGACCCCUGCUCACGGCAGUAUUUUCCGGGUCGACGGUACGACCUUCACCCACACUGUAGUCUACUCCUGUAUGGAUGGAUACCUCCUCUCAGGCACGCCCAGCAGACACUGCCUGGCCAACGGCACCUGGUCCGGCACUGCUCCCAACUGCACCAUGAUCAGCUGUGUAGACCCAGGUGUUCCUGCUAAUGGUCUGAGGUUUGGAGAGGACUUCACCGUGGGCCAGAACGUCACCUUCAUGUGCCAGCCUGGCUACCUGAUAGAGGCAGGCGGGGACACAACUCGCACCUGUACCCACAAUGGCACCUGGAGCGCCAUCACACCCAUCUGCAAAGUGGUGACCUGUCCUCCGCCUCCUCCCAUCCACAAUGGGCUCCUGGAGGGCUCUGUGUUUGAGUGGGGUACCAGCGUGAGCUACAGCUGCCUGCCCGGGUACGAGCUCUCCUUCCCGGCUAUCCUGACCUGUGUGGGCCUGGGCUCCUGGAGAGGAGAUCUGCCUCAGUGUCUGCCCAAGUUCUGUGGAGACCCUGGUACCCCAGCCAAGGGGAAAAGAGAAGGACGUAGUUUAAUCUACAAGUCAGAGGUUACCUUCAGCUGUAGCGCCCCCUAUGUCCUGGUGGGGUCAACUACACGCAUCUGUCAGGACGACAGCACCUGGAGCGGCUCUCAGCCACGAUGCAUAGAACCAUCCAGGACGACGUGUGAGAACCCAGGAACACCUGAACACGGCUCCAUGAACAUCAGCCUGGGGUUCAAGGUGGGCGGUAAGGUGGAGUUCCAGUGCCAGCAGGGCCAUCUACUCCAGGGUUCCACCACCCGACUCUGCCUGUCUGACCUCACCUGGAGCGGCUCUCAGCCAACAUGCAUCCCCCACUCGUGUAAGCAGCCCAAGUCCCCUCCCAAUGCAGACGUGGUUGGAAUGGAGCUGGCUCUGUAUGGCUACACUCUGCUCUACUCCUGCCAGCCUGGCUUCAUCCUGUCUGGGGGGUCAGAACACAGAGUCUGCAGGUCUGAUGGAAGCUGGACCGGUAAGGUCCCCAUCUGCAGAGGUAUGGAGACGAAGUCUAUCGGGUUUUAUAAUAUGAUAUUGAUAUAUGUUUCCAACAGAACUUGACAGAUACUGAGAUA